AUGCAGCAGCAACAACAGCAACAACAGCAACAACAGCAACAGCAGCAACAGCAGCAACAGCAACCGCAGAGCUCCAACAGCAUAGCGUUAGCAAACAAGGCUAACCAAAAGCGUCCUAUCGCCGAUGUUGAGGCUAAUCGAUUUGCUGGAGCAGCUCUCGAGGGAUUUGUAGGACAGAUUUAUUCGUUGUGCAAGGACCAGCACGGCUGCCGUUACCUCCAGAAGAAAUUAGAGGAACAAAAUGACAAGUACCUGGCCAUUAUCUUUGGAGAGGUGUUUGGUCACUUCGUUGAGCUGAUGACUGAUCCUUUUGGCAACUAUCUCUGUCAGAAGCUUCUGGAGUAUUGUGGUGAUGAACAGCGCACCAUCAUUGUGGAGAACGUUGCCCCGGAGUUGGUCAACAUCUCACUGAACAUGCAUGGCACCCGCGCCGUUCAAAAGAUGAUCGAGUUCUUGUCCACACCCCAGCAGAUAGCGAUUGUGGUGGUCGCGCUCAACACGAGCGUUGUGACCCUGAUCAAGGACCUCAACGGCAAUCAUGUUAUCCAAAAGUGCCUGAACCGAUUCGCGUCCGAGGAUAACCAGUUCAUUUACAAUGCCAUCAGCGCCCAUUGUGUCGAGGUUGCGACACAUCGCCACGGAUGUUGCGUCCUUCAGAGAUGUAUUGAUCAUGCGUCAGUGUCGCAAAAGAUUCAGCUGGUUCGUGAGAUUACCUACAAUGCUCUGACACUUGUACAGGAUCCUUAUGGGAACUAUGUUGUCCAGUACGUCUUGGAUCUGGCCGAUAAUCGCUUUACGGAUGCGUUGAUCCGUCGAUUCAUCGGCAAUGUCUGCGUUCUUUCAGUGCAAAAGUUCAGCUCCAAUGUCAUGGAGAAGUGCAUUCGUGUUGCUGAACCGGAGACGCGCAAGUUCUUGAUUGAGGAGAUGAUCAACAAGUCUCGCCUGGACAAGUUGCUGCGCGACUCGUACGCCAAUUAUGUUGUUCAGACGUCGCUCGAUUUCGCGGACCCGAUCCAGCGUGCUCAGCUUGUAGAAUGCAUCCGUCCUUUAUUGCCCGCGAUCCGCAAUACGCCCUACGGCAAGCGCAUCCAGAGCAAGCUGCACCGCGAUCAAAUGUCGGGACUCAACAGUCCGAUGAACCAUCUCGCUAUCAGUGGAGCCAUAGCCAUGAACGGCGGUAUGGGCAACAUGAACAGCAAUAUGGCGGUCAUGAAUGGGAUGAACGGCAUGAACGGAGCGAUGGCUAUGGCAGGCAUGAACGGGAUGAAUGGUAUGCCCAACCACGGACAUGGACACGGACACGGACAUGGACAGCACGGACACAACAUGACGAUGAACAACAUGGCUAUGAAUGGCGGGAUAAACGCUAUGAGCGGAGGAAUGCCGAUGCCCGGUAUGGCGGGGACGAUGAACGGAAGUAUGGGCGUGAACAUGAACAACGUCAACAACAUGAACGGUAUGAACGGCAACGGGACGAUGAACAAUAACAUGAUAGGUUAUGGGUUCCAGGGGAUGAACGGCCAUUUUGGAAAUGCCGGCAUGAUCGGCAUGAACGAGUACAACAACCCUUAUCCUUACAUGUGA